CAAAGUCCUGUCAAUGGCAAAAUAAUGCAAUUUAUUUAUUGUUUACAUCGGUAUUUCCAUAAUAUUUAGAUGCCAAACAUUCGUCUGUGAUAUGUGACCCUGAUUCUAAAUAUUAAAAAUGUCGUGGCUUAAUUUGAACCAAAGUUUAAACAGCUUAAAAGGGCAGAUUACAAACUUCGCUUCAGAGGUAUUAUCUGAAAAUGUUGUUCAGUCAAAUAACGAAGAACCAGCUGGAACAGAAACUUCAGUGAAGGAUCUCGAAGAUAAAUGCCACUAUCUAGAAGUCGAGAAUGCAACACUGAAAAAAUUAACAGAGGAGCUACAAGCAUCACUGCAACAUGAGAAACUCUUCCGAAAAAAUGGCGUCAAGGAGGAUGACUCGAGCUGGCAUUGGACUCAACCUUCAGAAACACUCGAUCAUGAUACUGAAAAGCAAUACAAAUUACAAAUACAGGCGUUACAGAAUGAACUGUUCAACUUGAGGGAACGAGAUAUUACAGAUCAGAAGGUUGAUAACGAUGAAGAAAUCAAUCGUCUUCGUGAAGAAAAUAAAAAUUUAACAUGUAAUCUCGAAGACUUAGACAGUCAACAUCAGAUAGCAAUGGAAAAAUUGCUAUCUCUUAAGAAGGAGCUGCAAAAGAAUUUUGAAGUCCUCAAAAGAGAAUACGAAGAGCUUCAGAAUUCUAAUGAUGAAUACACCGCAGAAAUUAAAUUACUUCUCUAUAAAAUUGGUGAAAGAGAUCAACAAAUAGAAAUUUUAAAGUCUGUUCAGCCAGAUUAUGAUACUUUGCAUCACAAGUAUCAGAAUUUAGAAAGAAUACACAGUUUAUUAAGAGAAAACGCAGAAAAGUUUCAAGAAGAAAAUCAGGAGUUACACGAGGAAGUUUUUAAAUUACAAGAGCAAGUUACGAAGCUGGAACAUGACUUAGAAAUCUCAAAUAAACACAAUGAAGCACUCAACAUGGUCCCUAAAGAAAAAUAUGAAGAACUUUUAAAAGAAAUUAAUGAACUCAAACAUAGACGUGAUUCAAAUCAAAUGCAUCUAGAUGAAAUAAAUAUAGAUGAUAAUGCUAAAAGUGUUAUUGAAACUUUGAAAAGGGAUAUCAGUGAACUGAAACGUAAAUUAGCUCAAAAGGAGUCGGAUAAUCAAAAUAAUACAGAAAUUAAAGUUCUAAAACCCGAUAAGAUAACGCAACUUUAUAAUCGUUAUGUUACUUUUGACUUACCAGUAGAUUACGUUGGUGAAAUGCCUUCUGGUAAUGAAAAUAUUGUUAUGCUAAAAUUAGAAAACGUGUUCAAAACUUUGAAUACAUAUAAGAAAGAUAUUGACCAUUUGCAACAGAAGCUUUCGGAGAAAAAAUUAAAUGUCAACAGUUUACAGACACAAAUAGAUGACUUAACUACCGAAAAUGAAUACCUAACAUCUGACAUACAACAUCUCGAAGGCGAAUUGGAAGAAAUGAAGAAAAAUAACGAUUUCCUUAUAUCAGAGAUUGCCGCUUUGAAAAACACGUCGAAAUUGGAGCCCAUUAUAGAAACCCAUGAAGAUAACCUCGUUAAAUUAGAAACAGAAUUAGCUGAUUGUAACAGGAUUAAUAAAACAUUUGAAUCUGAAAUUAAGAGAAUAGAAAGUGAACUUAAAGAAGUACAGAGCCAAAAGAAAAUAUUGCAAGAAAGCCUUAAUGAUAUGAAAAAUAAAUACGUGUCAAUGCUUAACGAAUUGAAAAUUUGUAAAACUCAGACAGACGCCGUUACGGAGCUCGAAAAUAAUACAAACGUUAAUCAGGACGUAAUACUUCAGAAAACGAUCGAUGAAUUAGAUGAUUUGAAAAAACAUUUGAACACUGCUAACUCAAAGAAUGAACAACUUUCUAUAGAUAUACAUAUCAUUGAAAACGACAAAGUAUUACUUACUAGACAAGUGGAAGACCUACAAAAAGAACUACAAUCUAAAUCAAUUUCUCAUAAGGAAAUGGAAUCGAGUAAAAUAAAUCUAGAGCAUAAAUUAAAUCAACUUCAAAAUAAAUUGGACGAAAUUAUCAAGGAAAAACAUGAACUUGAAAAAGAGAACAAUACUGUAAAACAAAAAAAUGCAGAGAAUAAAACCUUAGUUUCGUCUUCUACAGACGUUGAAAAGAUAUUAACUGAAAAGAACGAAAUAGCAAAUCAGUUAAAAGAAAUGGCCACACACAAUAACACAUUGGAAGAAAAAAUAAAACAGCUGUUCAAUGAAAUAUCAGACUCUAAAAAACAACAAGAAGAAUUAAUGAAGGAAAAUAAUUAUUUAAAACAGAAAACUACGGAUGACACUCAAAUUAUAAUCAAACUUGAAGAUACUGUUAAUGACUUAAAAACAAAAAUGAAUCAAUCCGAUAGUAUCAAUAAAGAAUUGCUUGCAGCUGAAGAAGAGAAUAAAGUUUUGCGGGACAAAAAACUGCAGCUUGAAGUUGAAUUAUCAAGUACGGAUAGCAAAAUCGCACAAUUAGAAGAAGAAUUUGAAAAACUUAUAACAGUCCUCAAUGAAAAAGAUUCUAUUAUAGAUAACCUUAACUCGACAGUAAAUAAAAAUAACAACGAUAUUUCAAACUUAAGUCAGAAUGUUACAGACCUUGAGAAAAGUAUUCAAAUUAAAAAUCAAGAAAUCGAGCAUCUUCGGAACUCUCUAGACGAGGUUACACAGAAAUUAAAUAGCACUGGUCUUGCCUCUAACCAAAGUCAUGAGGAACUUCAAAAAUUACAUACAGAAAAAGAAGAGAUAAUUAAACAGUUGUAUGGGCUGAAUGAUGAAAUUAACGAUAAAAAUAUAGAAAUAUCAAAAUUAUCAAAUCGCCUUCAGGAUUUCGAAAAAUCUUAUUUGGAAAGUAAAGCUACCGUAUCUAAUAGAGAUAAACAAAUAAAGGAGCUAAAUCAAUCGAUACUAGAAAUAACAGACAAAAUAAAAGCAUCUGAAAAUACAACACUGCCAAACGACGAAUAUGCAAAAUUACUGGAAGAAAAACAAGAAGUAGAGAGAUUAGUCAAAGAAUUAAGAAACACUUUAGAUAUGAAAGAAAAAGAGUUAUUGGAAACCACAAAUAAGGCAACUGAAUUAGAAAAUACUUGUGUGGAAUUCAAAGCAAUUAUAGAUAACACAACAGUUGAAAAAAACGAAUUAAUUAAAUUAGUUAAUAUGAAACAUAACGAAAGCAUACAGUAUCAUAAUGAAAUUCAAAGGUUAAAUCACGUUUUACUUGAACAAAAUAACGAGUUCAAGAGAAUUAUCGAUGAAAAGGACACUUUAUUAAGGGAUAAGGGUUCAAAUAGUUGUGCGACUUGUGAAACUAUACGCCAAACUCUCAAAGAGAAGGACGAAAUAAUAUUAGCUUUGAAUCAAAGUACGAAUGAACACGAACGGCUCAAAGCAGAGUUAUCUAACGCAAGUGAAACUGUUAAAAAUUUAACGAAAAGAUGCGAAGACUUGGAUAAAAGUUUAACGAUACAGCUGGACAUUGUAAAGAAAUUGACGGCAGAAAAUAUGCAGUUGUCAGAUCAAGAGCAGAGCUCGUCGCGAGAGCUGGAAAGGUUACGUCAUCAUCUAGUUGAAAUGGAAGAGAAUUAUACACAGGAGCUAAUGACGUCAGAGCACAAGCUCACCGAAUGUCAGACGAGAUUACACCAAGUCGAAGAAAGAGCUAAGCAGACGAGCACCGUGUACACUAGCAAUAGUAUUCGAGCGAACCAAGAAGUAGAAACUUUAAGAAAUCAAAUCAAGCUAUUGGAGAAACAACGCGAGGAAGUCCAAGCGAGGCUGAGCGAAGCAGAGGAUGCCAAAAGUAGAAGUGAAGCCGCCCUUACCAACUUGCAAGUAGUUUUGGAACAGUUCCAAUUAGACAAAGAAAGAGACAUCCAUUCCGCAACAGAAAAAGUAAGAAACAAGAUGGAGGACAUCAAACGUCACAAUGAAAAGCUACAGCAGGAAAUAGCAAGGCUAAAUGGCAAGCUGGAAGAAUCGAUAGCUGGCCUCCAAGCUGCGACUAGACUUGGUGAUCAAGUCGAAACUAAGUCAGCACAGAUAAACGAUUUGAAGGAUCAAGUACGCGUCCUUCAAGCAUCGGUGAGGACGGCUGAGGAACGUUAUUACAACGCGAUAUCGAACCAGCAGGAUAAAGUUGAUAAGAACUUGGUUAAGAACCUCGUCAUUAAUUACGUUCUAACAGCGGGACAGAACACUCUCAACAGAACACAAAUCCUCCGAAUCUUAUCAACGGUCUUAGAUUUUAAUCAGACGGAAUGCGAAAAGUUGGGACUCGUCCGAUCAGCUAAUCAAGGGGACAGUUUGGCUGCAGAGUUUGUUAAGUUCCUCCAAAACGAGUCAAGACCAAGGGCGCAGCUGCCCGACAUGAUGGGUCUGCAAGGUGGGAGAGCGUCUGUUUCUAGUUCUAGAAAAAGUUCAACCAUUGGCCCCAAUCCAGUUUUUGAACUCGGUCAUAGACGGAAUCCAUCGACCGGUUCUAAUAAUUUGCUAUUCCAAAACUUGGAUUCAAUGGACACAGUUUCGCAGCCAUCCGUGGACUCUGAAGCCAGGACUAUACCAGUAAAUACAUUGGACACAGGAAUCAAUCAGACUAGAAAUAACGAGGGAACGAUAUUGAAGCAUGUUUUGAAAGAUAUGUGAUAUUUCAAAUAUAAUAAUAUUAAUGUAUAGGCUUUGAUCAUUUCAAACUAUAUGGAAUUGUUUGACUUUUUGCGUUUGCAUUAGUUAUUAUAUUUGAAAUUAAAAAAAAAGUUAUGCUUGUUAUUAAUACAAUCCCAA